AUGACCAGGGGUUCACAAUUAAGGAGUGAGGGGUGGGAGGAGUUCGAGUAUGACAACAACGAGAGUGGAAGGGCUCUCCAGAAACAAGAGGCUUCGCAGGAAGGGGCGGAGCGCGGCCCCGUCGACACGUUCUGGUACAAGUUCCUGCGCCGCGAACCCGGCGGCGCGCUCUCCUGGGAAGGCAGUGGGCCACACCACGAUCGCUGCUGUACUUAUAAUGAAAACAACUUGGUGGAUGGUGUUUAUUGUCUCCCAAUUGGACACUGGAUUGAGGCCACUGGGCACACCAAUGAGAUGAAGCACACAACAGACUUCUAUUUUAAUAUUGCAGGUCACCAAGCCAUGCAUUAUUCAAGAAUUCUACCAAAUAUCUGGCUGGGCAGCUGUCCUCGGCAACUGGAACAUGUAACCAUCAAACUGAAGCAUGAAUUGGGGAUUACUGCUGUAAUGAAUUUCCAGACGGAGUGGGAUAUUGUACAAAAUUGCUCAGGUUGUAACCGCUAUCCAGAGCCCAUGAGUCCAGACACUAUGAUUAAACUGUACAAGGAAGAAGGCUUGGUCUACAUCUGGAUGCCAACGCCAGAUAUGAGUACGGAAGGCCGGGUCCAGAUGCUGCCCCAGGCUGUGUGCCUGCUGCACGCGCUGCUGGAGAAUGGACACACGGUGUACGUGCACUGCAAUGCUGGCGUGGGCCGCUCUACGGCCGCCGUGUGCGGGUGGCUGCAGUACGUGCAGGGCUGGAGCCCCCGGAAGGUGCAGUACUUCCUCCUGGCCAAGAGGCCCGCGGUGUACAUAGACGAGGACGCACUGGCUCGGGCCCAAGAGGAUUUUGUGCGGAAGUUUGGGCACGUUCGGUCCUCCCUGCGCUGUUCCUAG